UUUGUGUGUUUCAACUUUUCGUCUCCCACUAAUUAGUCGGAUCUCUGUCCUAAUCUCUAACUUUUUUUUUCAUGUUUCUUGUUUCACAAAUUACUAAUUCUUUCACAGAAAAAAAUUGUUUUCAAAGAAGCACUGACGUAAGAUUUUAGGGUUUGCGAUAACUGAGUAUUCUUGUUUGUAAAAAUAUGGCUGUGGAGUAUGAAUGCUGCGAGAGCAACUUCUUCAUACACAUUCUCGUGAUAGUGUUGCUUGUCUUGUUCGCUGGGCUAAUGUCUGGUCUCACUUUGGGUCUUAUGUCCAUGAGUCUCGUGGAUCUCGAGGUUCUUGCUAAAUCUGGCACACCCAGAGAUCGCAAACAUGCUGCAAAGAUAUUGCCAGUUGUGAAAAAUCAGCAUCUUUUGCUUUGUACUUUACUGAUAUGCAAUGCAGCUGCUAUGGAGACGCUUCCUAUUUUUCUUGAUGCCCUUGUGACUGCUUGGGGUGCUAUUUUGAUUUCAGUGACAUUGAUUCUUCUCUUUGGUGAGAUUAUACCUCAGUCAGUUUGUUCCCGUCAUGGUUUGGCGAUUGGUGCAACAGUGGCGCCAUUUGUUCGUGUUCUAGUCUGGAUCUGCUCUCCAGUUGCAUGGCCAAUUAGUAAGCUACUGGACUCUCUACUUGGUCAUGGUCGUGUAGCACUUUUCCGUAGAGCCGAGCUGAAAACACUUGUGGAUUUGCAUGGCAAUGAGGCUGGUAAGGGUGGAGAGCUGACACAUGAUGAAACAACAAUCAUUGCUGGAGCUCUUGAGCUAUCUGAGAAAAUGGUUAAAGAUGCAAUGACACCAAUCUCCGAGACCUUUGUGAUUGAUACUAACGCAAAACUAGACAGGAAUUUGAUGAAAUUGAUUCUUGAAAAAGGUCAUAGCAGAGUCCCUGUAUACUACGAGCAAUGUACAAACAUAAUCGGUCUUGUUUUGGUGAAGAACUUAUUGACUAUCAAUCCAGAUGAUGAAACACAGGUCAAGAAUGUCACCAUACGAAGGAUCCCAAGAGUUCCAGAAACCUUACCGUUAUACGAUAUAUUAAAUGAGUUCCAGAAAGGUCACAGUCACAUGGCUGUUGUUGUGAAACAAUGCGACAAAACCCACACCUUACCCAGUAGUGACGCUGCUAAUAAUGAGAAUAUAGUUGAAGUAAGAGUGGAUGUGGAAGAUGAGAGAUCCCCACAAGAAAAGAAGUUGAAGAGAAGGAGGUCACUUCAGAAAUGGAAAAGCUUUCCUCACCGAGUGAAUUCUUAUAAAGGAGGGUCUAGGAGUAAGAGAUGGUCCAAGGACAACGAUGCUGAUAUACUGCAAUUGAACGGACAUCCACUGCCAAAGCUAGCCGAGGAGGAAGAAGCUGUUGGUGUCAUUACAAUGGAAGAUGUCAUUGAAGAACUUCUUCAAGAAGAGAUAUUCGAUGAGACGGAUCAUCAUUUUGAGGACUCGUGACAGCAAGAACUUCAAUACAUGGUGCCAGAGUUUUCAAGAUUAAAUAUCUUCAUACAAGUUUUGUUGUGAAAAGAGUCAUGUAUGUCGCAUGUAUCAACAAAUUGUUCGGACAAUUGGAACAAAAGUUUUCCUAGCAUGAACUGUUAAUAUAUGUUUUAUAAUCGUACUUUGACCAAUAGCAUAUGUUCUUAUUGUACAAAUAUAAACGUCUAAGCAGAGAACAAUAUUCAGAUGUUGUUUGCUUGAAU